AUGUUACGCCAAAGUCUAAGUCACGGUCGAGGUCUAAGUCACGGUCUAGGUAUAAGUCACGGUCGAGGUCUAAGACACGGUGUAGGACUAAGUCACGGUCUAGGUCACGGUCGAGGUCUAAGUCACGGUCGAGGUCUAAGACACGGUGUAGGACUAAGUCACGGUCUAGGUCUACGUUGCGAUCUAGGUCUAAGUCACGGUCUAAAUCUAACUCACAGUCUAAGUCACGUUCUAGAUCUAAGUCACGUUCAAGGUCAAUUUCAAGUAUCGUUGGUGGUGUGUCUUUCGACCUCUCAAGAUUUUCGUCAAAAUCAAGGUCUAAGUCACGUUCUAGGUCUAAGUCAAAGACAAGGUCAAAGUCAAAGUCACGUUCUAGGUCUAAGUCAAAGACAAGGUCAAAGUCAAAGUCAAGAUCUGAGUCAAAGUCAACGUCUAAGUCACGUUCUAGAUCUAAGUCAAAGUCAAGGUCAAAGUCACGUUCUAUAUCGAAGUCAAAGUCAAGGUCUAAGUCACGGUCUAGCUCAAAGUCACGGUCUAGGUCAAAGUCGAGGUCUAGGUCAAAGUCACGGUCUAGGUCUAAUUCACGGUCAAGGUCAAAAUCACGGUCUAGGACAAAAUCACGGUCUAGCUCUAAGUCACGGUCCAGGUGUAAUUCACGCUCUAGGUCUAAGUCACGAUCUAGAUCUAAGUCACGUUCAAGGUCAAUUUCAAGUAUCGUUGGUGGUGUGUCUUUCGACCUCUCAAGAUUUUCGUCAAAAUCAAGGUCUAAGUCACGUUCUAGGUCUAAGUCAAAGACAAGGUCAAAGUCAAAGUCACGUUCUAGGUCUAAGUCAAAGACAAGGUCAAAGUCAAAGUCAAGAUCUGAGUCAAAGUCAACGUCUAAGUCACGUUCUAGAUCUAAGUCAAAGUCAAGGUCAAAGUCACGUUCUAUAUCGAAGUCAAAGUCAAGGUCUAAGUCACGGUCUAGCUCAAAGUCGAGGUCUAGGUCAAAGUCACGGUCUAGGUCUAAUUCACGGUCAAGGUCAAAAUCACGGUCUAGCUCUAAGUCACGGUCUAGGACAAAAUCACGGUCUAGCUCUAAGUCACGGUCCAGGUGUAAUUCACGCUCUAGGUCUAAGUCACGAUCUACGUCUAAGUCACGGUCUACGCCUAAGUCACGGUCUACGUCUAAGUCACGGUCUAGGGUCACGAAAUAAUCCGCCAUCCCGUUCUCCUUCUCUCUCUCCCCACCGUUCUAAUGCUGGCGAUGCCCUUGAGGAUGGAAAUCGAUCUGGAUCACAAUCGCCUGUAAGACAGCAGCAUGCACAAGUACAAGUGGAGGAUGAAAAUGAUGAUGAUUUGGAUGACGAUGAAGUGGGCGAAGAAGAUGCAAACUUUCCUGUGUUACAAAGAUAUAAGCCGAAACUAUACAAACGAUACAAGAAAUAUAAUCUACUUACACCUGCAGCGACACCUGAACGAUUUGAUCGCUAUGCCAUAGUUGAAAAUAAUAAAGUGUACUUAGGACUAGGGUGCACCGCUGGAAAAUAUAGUUGGAAAUUAAGCAAAAAAAAAGGCUUGUUGGUCUUUACCAGGGAGAUGGCUAAAUAUUUGUGGAAAAAUAAAGUUGAAAAUAUUUGCUUGGACAUAACAAAAGUAAAAAAUUCCAUUCCUGGUCGAAGUCCUGUAAAAUUGUGCUCACCAAGAAAAUUGGAAUUAUAUUUAAGCUUAGUUAAAGACUACAUCAAUACAGAUGAUCGUUACAAAAUUUGGAGGACGAAGUAAAGAGAGUAAUGAUAAGAGACAGUACACGAAGAUUAAGUAUUAACAUAAGAGACAACAGGAGAAAAAGAAUUCUUUUGAAUGAACAACGUUAGAUGAAAAUAAUACAUUACACAAUUAUACGUUAUGAAAUAAAAGUUGUUUAAUAUUUCUGCAUA